CCAGUGCUGAGUGUCAAGCAGGGAGGCACUGGGUCCCAUUUUUAGAGUCUUGAACCCACGACCUUCCAAUCUCAGGGCGGACACUCUACCACAAGGCCACUGAGCGGAAUCCUGAUUAUAUCAGUUGGUGUUACAAAGUGAAUUUUGGCUUUUAUGUCUCUGUAGAGUGAAAUCAUUUUUUUACAUCCUCUUAUGGUUAACUGUUUACUUAUCAACUCAAAAUGUAAACAAUCAAUUUUAUCUGAGGGCGGUUGACCUUUGAUCAGAAAAUUACAGGUUGGAUUCCCAGCUGAAGUGCCCUUGGGCAAGACACCGAACCCCACUUUUCCUCUGGCGUUUAUAGGUUAGCACCAAUGUUCAGCAGCGGAACUGCUAUUAAUGUCCUAAUGAGACUGCGACUGUAAAGUACUUUGGGCCUUCAAGGAAGGUAGUAAAGCGCCAUACAAGUAUUCGCCAUUUACCAAAAGAUAUAUCUGACAGAAACUACACGCUGGAAAUAUGAUUUGUCCUGGACCAGGUCCGCUUCUGUCAGGGCGGGUCACAAGACCACCCAAAAUGACAGACCCAGGAGUGGAUGAAGUUCAGUUUAUUUAUUGCUGAAGGAUGAUGAGAUGGAAGCAGGCAGGAUGCAGUAACGCCGCCAGACACCAGGGGGUGCUGAAGCCGCAGAUGAGGGCGCCGUUGGAGAGCAGAGCAGAAUGAGUGGAGAGGAAGAGUCCUUUAGUUUGUUGAAGUUUGUAGCGGUCUUGAAUGGGGUAAUCCAUGAAGAGGAGGUCUUUGCAGCAACAGGAUCUUUGGACAGGCUUUGAACAGGACUUGCAGCGUGGUGGAAGCAGGAAAUCAAUCCCAGCGGAGUAGCAGCGUUGUCGCGGGAACACAGCGUGAAUGCACGGGACGUAAAGACAGGCAGAGAUACACUCUCUGAUGCACACCUGCACGGCCUUCUCUGAACCUGUGAACCUGACAGGCAUCCAUAAAUUCUCUGCUAUUGGUCUGCUGGACGGCAGAAUGAUCUACUACUAUGACAGCACUAUUCAAAAGACAAUUCCCAAACAGAAGUGGAUAAAGGAGAUACUCGAACAGGAAUACUGGGAUAAAGGUACAGAGUACGAGAAGGGAGAAGAGAAGCGAUUCGAAAUCCUGAUCAGCCAAAAGAAAUCAAGUCCCAAAGACAUUCAUGUUCUUCAGUCGUUACAUGGCUGUUUCGCUGAAGAGGAUGAAAAUGGUACCCUCCAGUUUAAGCGUAGCUUGGACAGAAACAAGUAUGACGGAAAUGACAUCCAGGCUGCAUGGAGCAACCCCCAUGUGAUAGUGUCUUAUGACAAGAAGGAGUGCAUGGACAUGAUGAAAACAUUCCUCGUUUAUUCAACAUCAGAGCUCAUAAAUGCCUCCAUUACCAAACCACCUGAAGUGUUCAUGUUUGCAACACAAGCUAAAGAAAAAACAAACAUUGUGCUGACCUGCUUAGCCACAGGCUUUUAUCCAAAGAAUAUUACUAUGGAGAUCAAGAGAAACGGCCGUGUUCUAACAGCAGAUGAUGGGCUGCUUUCAACCGGGGUUCGCCCAAAUGACGAUGACACUCUACAAAGACGAGACCAUGUGGAGAUUCUGAGGACAGACUCUGCAAAUUACACUUGCAGAAUCACCAAUAAAAAAUUCGGUAUAGAUGCUGAGAAGACCUGGGAUCGACAUCUUCCUUUAAAUGAUGACGCAGGAGGAGCUAUUGCUGUCGACGUUGUUGUUGUUGGAGUCGUCUUGCUUGUGUUUGUCCCAGUGGUGAUUGUGUGGUUCAAGAGAAAUCUUUGUUUUUCUGUAGGAACUUCACAAAAAAAUCCUUCUGUUUCUUCAACUCCUGCCAUAACUGCAGGUUCAGAAAAUAUUCCUUUGAUCAACCUCCCAAGAGCGGUGUCAUCCCCAAGGGGAAUUCCCAACCAAAGAACACCAAACCCCUCAUUAAGAAGAUCAAUGUCUGACCCCACGAGGAAGACCAGCAAGAAGAAGACAUUUUAUUCCAGCAUUUAGCUGUCUAAAGAUUAGGGAAGUGUUAAGUCAGUGGCGGGCCGUGCAUUUCACACCUAGGCCUUCAGUAGUGCUCCAUCUGAAUCAAUCCAACCGUCAUUAACUAUUUUAUGGCAAUAAAACUUCUACUGCAGGUACAGC